AUGAUUUCGGGAAUAUCAAGGCUUCUAGGCCUGUCAUUUCUGUUCUGUCUGGGCCUUCCGUUCGCGCUGUUUGCUCUCUUUACGACCACUCUGGCGCUGGGCACUCUUCUCCUACGGCUACUGUUCGUGUACUUCGACCUCUUCCUCGCCAUUCUCAACGGAGCGAUAACACCAUCGACACCUCCUACGCCUCUCGCAUCCCCGAGCGCCAGACCGGCACGACGCAAGAAGCACACAACACCAUCCACGCCUUCGGCAGCACUAAGAAAGACUCGUUCAUUUGCAAGUCUGGUUGGCAGCGGCACGGAUAGAGACUUUGAGGGCGUGGGAGGGUGGAGGUACCCCGAGAGCGCAGACGAAGAGGCUGUGUGGAUGAACAUGAACCGAUACCUCGAGUUACCGGCAUCGCCAGCAGCCACAAGGAAACACAGGAGGAGUGGGACAGGCAAUGGAACACAGAGCCCUUUGGUCACGAGAAGUAUGGCGCGGACUUCGGGCAGUGCCAGUCCUGAAGGCUACUUCAGUAUCAGAGUGGAGAGCAGGGAGGGGCUGGGAUUGAGCUCUCGAGGAGACGGAUGA